AUGGAUGAGGAAUCAUCAUCAAGAAGCGUUGAAAUCGAACACAAAGUGUAUGCACGCGUGGGUCUGUUAGGCAAUCCGAGUGAUGUUUAUUAUGGGCGUACCAUCUCUUUCAGCCUUGGCAAUUUCUGGGCCACUGUCAAAUUGCGCCCCUCUCGUCAUCUCGUCAUCACUCCACAUCCUACACAUGAUCUCGUCCAAUUCUCAGGCCUUGAUCACCUGGUGAAUCGGCUACGAAGCGAGGGUUACUAUGGAGGUGUGAGAUUGCUUAUGUCGAUUUGUAAAGUUUUCUACACCUAUUGCAAUGAGAACAAUAUUGAGCUUAGCGAGGGAAACUUCACUCUAUCAUAUGACACUAACAUUCCUCGCCAGACAGGACUUUCAGGUUCGAGUGCUAUUGUAUGUGCAGCCUUAAACUGUCUUCUUGACUUCUACAAAGUCAGGCAUUUGGUCAAAGUAGAAAUCAGGCCUGACCUUAUCCUAAGUGCAGAGAAAGAACUCGGAAUUGUUGCUGGCCUUCAAGAUCGAGUGGCACAGGUGUAUGGGGGGCUUGUUUACAUGGAUUUUAAUAAAGAUGGCAUGGAAAAGUUGGGACAUGGUGUCUAUACACCAAUGGAUGUCAGUCUCCUUCCACCUCUUCAUCUCAUCUAUGCUGAGAAUCCAAGUGAUUCUGGGAAGGUACAUAGCACAGUUCGGAAAAGGUGGCUUGAUGGUGAUGAGUUUAUUAUAUCAUCAAUGGAGGAAGUUGCAGAUCUUGCAUUACAAGGACGAACUGCGAUACUUGAAAAGGAUUAUUCCAAACUUGCUGACCUGAUAAAUCGUAAUUUUAACCUUCGAAGGAGCAUGUUCGGAGGCGAUGUUCUUGGUUCUUUAAACAUUGAAAUGGUGGAGGUGGCCCGAAGGGUGGGUGCUGCUUCAAAAUUUACAGGUAGUGGAGGAGCUGUGGUUGUAUUCUGCCCCGAUGGGCCUUCACAAGUAGAACUUCUGGAGAAAGCUUGUAAGGAAGCUGGUUUUGUCAUUCAACCUGUGAAAGUUAUUCCUUCGUACCUGAAUGAAGAUGAUCUCAAAACCCUGUCAGAAUAG